GGAAACGUUCACUGCGUACACCGGAAGUAGCCCCUGGUCUAGAAGUGGUCGAUACAGUACUAAGAAUGUCAGUAUCAGUCUGAUACCGUGUCGACGUUAAAAGGCCUCUACUUUGCUCAAUAUAAUCCAACAUUUGACUAUUUACUUUGUUAACUGGCUGAACAUGAAGCGUUAUUGGUGCCAGUAUUGUGAAGAGCGAAAGUCCCGCCUCGACAUGCGGAAGUAGUUUUGUUGUUUUUUUUCUGCCGCAAGUGGUGACAAACCUUCUGGAAGUUUCCAUUAUUCAGUCGAAACAACAACCUUAAGUGCCCGGCAGAGGGCGCGCUGGUCGUCACCAUGGCAACGAGGCUCCAGCGUGUGGCGGUGGUCGGCGCCGGGGCAGCAGGACUGUGCGCUGCCAGGCACAUCCUCUCCAGACCGGACCGCUUCGCCCCGCCGGUCUUGCUGGAGCUGUCGGCCCACGUGGGCGGGACCUGGUGCUACGAGGAGCGGGUGGGGACGGGCGAGGACGGGCGGGCGCUUCUCAGCAGCAUGUACCGAAACCUCAGAACCAACCUUCCCAAGGAGGUGAUGAUGUUCCCGGACUUCCCCUUCCGGGAGCAGCCCAGCAGCUUCCUGCCUCACCAGGAAGUGCGGCGCUACCUGGAGGAUUACUGCGCCCACUACAAGAUCGGCCCUCACAUACGACUGCGCACGGCGGUGGAGGCCGUGAAGGCCGUCGUCACGCCGACGGGGGCCACCUGGGAGGUGACCUCAUCAAACGGCCGGCGGAGGACGGAGACGUUUGACGCGGUCUUCGUGUGCUCGGGGCAUUAUUCCGAUCCGUACAUCCCGGAUGUGGCCGGCGUGGACAAGUUCAAAGGCCAAGUCCUCCACAGCCACGCCUACAGGAGCGCAGACGCCUUCGCCGGUCUGUCCGUGGUGGUUCUGGGGGCGCACGCGUCCGGGUUGGACAUUUCCUUGGAGUUGGCCAACGUCGGCGCUCGGGUGACUCUCAGUCACGGCCGGCCUCCUUUCACCUUCCCUCUGCCCGCUGAGAUCCAACAGGCCGGGCUGGUGGCGGCGGUGGAGGACGACGGCAGCGUUGGCUUCCAGGACGGCAGGCGGGUGCAGGCGGACGUCCUGCUCUUCUGCACCGGCUACAAGUACAGCUUCCCCUUCCUGGACGCCGGGCAGCUGGCGCUGGACAUCCAGGACCACUUUGUGGCGCCGCUGUACCGCGUCAUGAUGCCGCCCGCCUUCCCCUCGCUCUUCUUCAUCGGCCUCUGCAAGACCAUCUGCCCCUUCCCCUACUUCCACUGUCAGGUCCAGUUCGCUCUGGCCACGCUGGAAGGUUCCGUGGCCCUGCCGACCCGGGCCCAGAUGGAGGCCGAGGUCCGGCUGGAGAUGCGGGAGAAGGCGGAGCGCGGUGUGGCGCCCCGGCACCUGAUGGUGAUGGAGCGGAACCAGUGGGAGUACCUCGCCACGCUGGCCAGAGACGCCGGCUUCCCGCCGCUGCCUCCGGUGGUACGCAGCCUGUACGAGGAGGUGUGGCGGCAGCGGCAGGUCCACCCCCAAGACUACCGCAGCCUCAAUUACAAGCUGGUGAGCGACGCCCAGUGGCAACUGGCCCACGCAGAUCCGGCCGUUACCAUGGCAACUGAAGGAAAGUAAGGCUAGUCUGACUUUUAAAAGGGCGCUUUCAGUCAUGAAGUCAAUCAAUCAAUGUUUAUUUAUGUAGCCCCAAAUCACAAAUGUCUCAAAGGACUGCACAAAUCAUUACGACUACAACAUCCUCGGAAGAACCCACAAAAGGGCAAGGAAAACUCACACCCAGUGGGCAGGGAGAAUUCACAUCCAGUGGGACGCCAGUGACAAUGCUGACUAUGAGAAACCUUGGAGAGGACCCCCCUCUAGGGGACCGAAAGCAAUGGAUGUGGAGCGGGUCUAACAUGAUACUGUGAAAGUUCAAUCCAUAGUGGCUCCAACACAGCCGCGAGAGUUCAGUUCAAGCGGAUCCAAGACAGCAGCGAGAGUCCCGUCCACAGGAGACCAUCUCAAGCGGAGGCGGAUCAGCAGCGUAGAGAUGUCCCCAACCGAUACAGGCGAGCGGUCCAUCCUGGGUCCCGACGACUCUGGACAGCCAGUACUUCAUCCAUGGUCAUCGGACCGGACCCCCUCCACAAGGGAGGAGGGGACAUAGGAGAAAGAAAAGAAGCGGCAGAUCAACUGGUCUAAAAAGGAGGUCUAUUUAAAGGCUAGAGUAUACAGAUGAGUUUUAAGGUGAGACUUAAAUGCUUCUACGUUUAGGAAAGAUGGCUGUAAACAGGAAGUGAAAGAAGCUAUGUGAUCACGUCUCACGCAUGACGUUCACGGCGUGGCGUGCACGGGGGUCCCAAGUGCGGCAGCUCAUGUUUAAUAGCCCGCCGCACAAUCACGGACUUAUUUUUAAUCCCCAAUAAUUUAGUGGUAUGUUUUUUUAACUGUCAUUAACCAAAACUGGUGAUAAAAUUAAAAUCAAUUUUUGGA